AUGUAUGAGACCAGCGAGAUAGCAGCGAUUAAGCUGUCGACGGUACACAAUGUGACAGAGUUAAUUAAUAAAUACGAUCAUCUGUUCACUGGAGAUGGCGACCCAUACGGUUAUUGCGAUAAGGUGAAUCAUGAAAUUCCGUUAAGUGAUCCGAAAGUAAGGUCAUUUUUAACGCGAAGAGUUCCAUGUCAUCUGGAAGGCGAAGUGGAGCGACAAGUGCAAGAGAUGUUAAAAGAUGACAUUAUUGAGGAAGCUGAUAGCCCGUACAACUCUCCAGUGCUGUUAGUAAAAAAAGCGAAUGGGAAGUAUAGAUUCUGUGUUGAUUUUCGACAGUUAAACAGUAUGACAGAGUUAAGACCGUGUGCCAUGCCAACAGUGGUAGAAACUUUAGAUCGCCUACAAGGUGCGAAUGUGUUUUCGGUUCUCGAUCUUCGCUCAGGAUACUGGCAGAUACCGAUAAAACAAAGUGAUAGAGAUAAGACGGCUUUCAUCGUGGGUCAGACACAAUAUCGAUUUAAACGCAUGCCGUUUGGACUAGCAGGUGCACCGUUUACGUUCAGACGACUGAUGAAGCUAUUACUUAGGAACUUGAAAAACGUGGAGGUUUAUGGUGAUGAUCUCGUCAUAUACAGUCAAAACGAAAACGAUCACGUCAACCAUGUAGAAGCCGUGCUGCGACGCAUCGAAGAGUUUGGACUACGCGUCAACAAAACCAAGUCUCAGAUAGCCAAAAAGAAUGUUACUCUGUUGGGACAUAAAGUGGGAAAUGGUGAGAUUAAACCACUGCCGGAGAAUGAUUUAUUAUUGUAA